AUUAUUCGAGGAAACUGCUGCAAUGAUCCCGUCUGACGCGAUAGCCAUAGAAAUCGCGCCCCAUGGACUUCUACAGGCGAUCGUGAAAAGAUCGCUGGGUCCUAACGUAGUAAACGUACCGCUAACUCAGAGAGGGUACAACGACAAUGCAGAAUACUUUUUACAAGCCCUUGGAAAAUUAUACAAUGCUGGUUUGCAACCACAAUUGGCGAAUCUUUAUCCAUACGUAGAAUUUCCGGUUAGUCGUGGUACUGCCAUGAUCUCGCCCUACGUUAGAUGGGAGCACUCUAAAGAUUUAUUUGUACUAAAAUUUGGCUCAAACGAGAACAUGACAACGGCAGAAAGGAAUGUUGAAAUAGUACUUUCAAACAACAAUUUUAAGUAUAUGGCUCAUCACGUAAUUGAUGGAAGAAACUUGCUUCCAGCCACGGGAUACUUGGUUCUGGUCUGGGAAACAUUUAGUAUGAUGCAAGGAAAGCUUAUGAAUGAAUUAUCAGUGAUUUUCGAAGAUGUGAAGUUUGAACGUGCAUCUAACAUUUCUUCGCCAGUUUUCUUAUCAAUCAUGAUCCAUAGAGGUUCCGGGAAAUUCGAGAUAUCAGAAAAGUCUACAACUGUUGUGACGGGAUCGAUCCGUGAAAUGUCGAAUCCCUCAGAAGAAAUGAUUGAUGUUAAAUACUUGAAAUCAGUCGAGACCGAUGAACCGCUCACUAGCAAAGAUAUAUACAAGGAACUGAAACUUCGUGGGUACGAAUAUACUGAAAUAUUCUGUAGCUUGAAAAGUGCAUCCAUCAGGGGCACCAGAGGACGUAUUGCUUGGUACGAAAAUUGGGCUGCAUUUAUGGAUAACAUGUUACAAAUACAGAUAUUGGGACUCGAUACUAGAGCUCUGUACGUACCAACAGGCAUACAAAAAUUGGCGAUAGACGUGAAAGCUCACAGUAAAAUAAUUCAACGUCUCACCGAAGAUA